UAUGUAUGUAAUCUUCACCUCUGACCACGGGAAGGCGCUGUCUGACAACCUGCCUUAUCAUAUUGUGGACGUCUGGCAGGAGUCGAGCAGGUUUUGCUAAACCCGAUGGAAUAAAACCGACAAAUGUUCCUAAUUUAAAUCUAAUUUAAGACAAACGUCGUCUCUUCGAUGGCGUCGUUCGCUAGGUGUGCAUGUAAAAUGAUGUGGAAGAGAGAUAACAAGGUUCUGGUGGGAGUAUAGGACAACAUAUGGAAGACAACGACGACUACGUUUGACUCCAGGCAGCAUCUCAUUGGGCACGUAAUAUCCGAGCUAACAUCCACAUGUGCAUCAACAAGGAUGCUCUUGGAGAAGAUGCUGUUGGUCGGCGCCCUCCUGAGCCUCGCCGGGUGGGUGUCUCUUUACUUCGCCCUGUGCCGUGUCAAUGGGCACCGCAGCUCCGAGUGGAACUGUCGCCUGGUCACCUUGUUGCACGGGAUUCUGGCCGUUGGUGUCACGGCUUACAUUGGCUACGUGGAUGGACCGUGGCCCUUCACCCAUCCAGGUACAAAGAACACUCCUCUACAGAUAAGCGCCCUGGUGCUGAGCCUGGGCUACUUCAUUUUUGACAUGGCCUGGUGCGUUUACUUCCGCACCGAGGGCGCCGUCAUGCUGGCCCACCACACCUUCAGCAUCCUGGGCAUCCUGCUGACCCUGUGGCUGGGGGAGUCGGGCAUCGAGGGCUGCGCCGUGCUCUUCGGCAGCGAGAUCACCAACCCCCUCCUGCAGGCGCGCUGGUUCCUGAAGCAGACGGGUCGCCACGGGACGCCGCUGGCCAACACUGUGGACGUCCUGUUUGUGCUGCUCUUUGUGCUGAUGCGAAUCUUCGUGGGAGGCACAAUGCUGUACUGUGAGCUGGUCUCUCCGAGGCCCAGAUUCUUCAUCAAGUGCGGGGGAGUGGCCAUGUAUGCGCUGUCCUGGGUCUUCAUGGUGGACAUUGUUCGAUUUACCGUCCGCAAGAGCAGGACUUGGCGCAAGCAGCGGCAGGAAGCCGCUCGUAAUAAUGAAAGCAAAAUGGACUGAUUGCUCAUGUGCUUUUUACACACUGACCACACAGACACACUGAGAUGCAAAAAAGGGAUGAAAGUGAGGAAGGCAACCAAGCAAGUGGCUCCAGAGUUUGUUUACAACAUAAAAUCCCUGCGUGAGUCAUGUGUCAAACUUAAUACAUUUUUUUUGUGUACUCAGGGAGCAAAAAAUGUUUUUAAGUCAUCGAAGCCUGCUUUGCAAUGAUAUUCUUCUGCUUAUUCCCUCAUGCAAAUGUAUGUAAAAGUACUUGAUUAUCAUUUUAGAACAAGUAAGUCAGCAAUCUAACAAAAAUGGUUUUCAACAUUGGGUCUACCUAAUGCAGUGUCUCGUUUCAAAUUAGUUUUUUUUCUGAUUUUAAUGCACUUCUAUCCAUGCAGUAAUAUCUUAAAACCCAUUUUAAUCUAUAUUUAUUUGUGCAGCAAUAUACUAAAACACAUUUCGUGAUUACUGGUAGGAAGCAGCAUGUAAAUAUAUACAGACAAAGCAAAAAAACGUACUGGUGUGUGCCUUAGUUUUCUGAAUGUAUGCUUUUUUUGUCUAAAGCAUCGUUAAAGGGAUUGGAAGUUUGAAAUAUCUAUAUAUUUUAUCUGCCUUCUGUCUGUGUCUGUAAGGGAUUGAAAUAUAUUUAAACUGUUUUCAAUGACUUUUUGCUUUGACUCAGCUGUUCCUCAAUGGGAAGAAGUGCCAUAUCUGUCCAUGAGAUGGUGCUGUUGUGUUAGCUGAUCGAGUGCUUUGGAAAAGUAUACUGUACACCAGUUUUGUUUUGUUUUGUUUUUUUAAGCAAUGUUGUUAUCUACCAUUUUGUUGACUUGCUUUGAUUAAUAAAAUUGAUUGGGAUUAAGAGGCGGGGCUUUAAAACGUGAAUGCAUGUGAUUAAACAAGCGGCAGCUGCAUGCAUAGCCAUGAAGUGGAUUAGGCUAGUUUGGUAGAAGUGAAAUAAGACAGCUAGAAAUGAGUUUGUAGUCGUUUUUUGGUUUGUGUGUAUUUUUAGUCAGCCCCUCCUUGCCUGUUAUGUACGUGUCCGACACGUCAUAAACUCAAUUCGCAGCACUUUAUAUGUAAAGUAUAAUAAUGUAUGUAAUAUAAUGCAAAGUAAAAAUUUAAAUAAAUGAGCAAUAGUUUUUUUUUAUAUAUGUACUUUAUGCUUGUGGAGUUUUCGCUCAUCUCCAAGCGGAAGUGGUUGAUGGAAGCGGCUCCCGUCGGGCUAGCAGGCUAGGGCGUUGCUAGCGGCACACUGUGGCAUUUUACCCCCUGCCUUUCCUCAACUUAUAUCCUGACACAAAUGACGCCGAACGUUGGAGUGAAACGUGUGUGAGUGUGCCUGGAUGUUUUUAGCACCUAUUUGGACUCCGUUUUUGUUGGAAUAGUUGGUUUGGAGAGACUGCGCGUUACUUUCUGCCCCGUUAGCUUUGGCUACAUGAGCUAGCUAGCUUUUGGUUUUCCAUCCACGGGCUGUGGAAACAUGGAGUCAAAGAGCGUCUGGCGGUGCUAAAAGACUUUAUUUGGAUUUUUGCCCCCUCCACCACCCUUCACGGAGACGUUUUCGAAGAGCGCAGAGGUAGAGGGAAAAAGCCACUCGAUAUUUUAAUGCAGUGUGUCGUUUUUCCACUCGUUGCUUAGUUUGCAGUCGAAACAAGCAAACACACGACGCAAAGUUUUUUUUCAUCUGUUUUGUUAGCUGGAAGCUAGCGAGAUUGGACGUCGUUCCCUUGAGGAUUCUCUUACAAGCAAGCUUUAUUGCCGUCUAUGUUUUAUUUCAACGCUAGCUGCUGUUUUUGCUUUUAAAAUAACACCCUCGCUCAACGUCAUUCCUCCAAGAGAGAAUCGGGCAGACUGCACACGAGGGCACUGGAGGAAUUUGCCGCAUCUCCCAGGGACGCCUAGUCACCAUUCAACCCGAGCUGGGGUGCAGGCCGGCGGACUACAAAACGUUGGAUUACCGCACGGGGAACUGGGAUGUGAAUUCAAGGGCAUGCAACUUGCAGCAGCAGUGUUGGGAAGGAUUAUCAUCUCCCCCACAGGCCCUGAUUCAUUUUUAAGGUCUGCACCAUUGGAGCCCUAGCUGCUGCUGCUGCUGCCCCCCACCCCCAAACAUAAGAUUGAGGAUAUUAUCUUUACUCUUAUUUAUUUUCCCUUUUUUUUUCAACGA